AAAUCGCGUUGUGCUUCCUCAACGAUCACAGAACAGAACAACAAUAGCGGAGCCAGAAAUUACAUUCCCAGCCAGGUAUUUGAAUUGGUGGAGAAAACUGAUAAGAGCAUUUAGGGAUUUCCGUUAUCAAUGGACCAAGCUGAACUGACAACAGAACAGGUUCUAAGAAGAGACAUCCCAUGGGAGGCUUACAUGACAACUAAGCUGAUUUCGGGAACAGGUCUUCAGCUGUUAAGACGUUAUGAUAAAAAACCUGAAAGUUACAAGGCACAGUUGCUGGAAGAUGAUGGUCCGGCUUAUGUUCGGGUAUUUGUUAGCAUUUUGCGGGAUAUAUUCAAAGAGGAAACGGUAGAAUAUGUUCUAGCUUUAAUUGAUGAAAUGCUCACAGCAAACCCAAAAAGAGCCAGACUUUUCCACGAAAAAUCUCUCACCAAUGAAGAUACUUAUGAACCUUUCUUAAGAUUGCUUUGGAAAGGUAAUUGGUUCGUACAAGAAAAGAGCUGCAAGAUUCUUGCUUUGAUAGUAAGUGCUAGGCCAAAACACCAUGGUGGUGCUGUUUCAAAUGGGGAAGUUGCCAGUUCUAAAAGUAAAGUCACUAGCAUCGAUGAUGUGUUGAAAGGAUUAGUUGAAUGGCUCUGUGUGCAGCUAAAGAAUCCUUCUCAUCCUAGUCGGGGCAUUCCAGCAGCUAUUAGUUGUCUUGCAACAUUGCUUAAGGAACCCAUUGUUAGGUCUUCCUUUGUUCAAGCAGAUGGGGUGAAGUUGCUGAUCCCUUUUAUCUCUCCGGCAUCAACCCAACAAUCUAUUCAGCUUCUUUAUGAAACAUGUCUCUGUAUCUGGCUCUUAUCUUACUAUGAACCUGCAUUUGAAUACUUGGCUACCUCUAGAACCCUUCCGCGUCUGCUAGAGGUUGUUAAGAGUUCCACAAAAGAGAAGGUGGUCAGGGUGGUUGUCUUGACCUUCAGGAACUUGCUCCACAAAGGAACGUUUGGUGCUCAGAUGGUGGACCUUGGACUGCCACAAAUUGUUCAGAGUUUGAAAACACAAGCAUGGAGCGAUGAGGACCUGUUGGAAGCUCUGAACCAACUGGAAGAAGGGUUGAAGGAUAACAUUAAGAAGUUAAGUUCUUUUGACAAGUACAAGCAAGAAGUGUUCCUUGGCCAUCUUGACUGGUCUCCUAUGCACAAAGACCCUAUGUUUUGGCGUGAGAAUAUUAAAAUUUUCGAGGAGAAUGAUUUUCAGAUUCUUAGGGUCCUUAUCACAAUUUUGGACACCUCGAGUGAUCCAAGAGCCCUGGCUGUUGCUUGCUUUGACCUCUCCCGGUUUGUCCAGCACCAUCCAGCUGGUCGCGUCAUAUUGACAGACCUCAGGGCCAAGGAACGGGUUAUGAAACUGAUGAACCAUGAAAAUGCCGAAGUUACCAAAAAUGCUCUUGUAUGCAUUCAGAGGCUUUUCCUUGGUGCAAAAUAUGCGAGCUUUUUGCAAGCUUGAUUCCAUCCCAUUUGUGUUUGUAAUGGUAAAUCGUUCAUACAUUCUACAUUUGAUCGGUACACGGGACUUUGUCAUUUCAAUCAGCUUAUAAUGUUUGUGAUUAAAUCUUUUGAAGAGUGAAUUGUUAUUUCUUUUAAGGAAUAAUUAGUUCAGAUUAUGGGCUGCGGAAUAAAAUAUGCACAAGUGUGCUGCUUGAUAUUUGUAUGCGUACUACCUGUCUAUUGAUAGACAGUUAAACAUUGAACCGUGUCAGACUUUGUUUCA